AUGACUACUAUUCACUAUACACCUUGCGAACUUAUAUUAAAAAUUGGUAGUAACGAAUGUGAUGAAAUUUCAACAGCAAUAAGCGGACUUCUUCGUACAUGCGCUAUAAGUGAACAAUCAUUUUUUGUUGUUGAACGUCAAAUUCAACCAACAACUUACUAUGGUUCAUUUACAAGUCAAUCAUCAUCAUCAUCAUCACCAUCAAUAUCUUUACCAAUUCAAUCUCAAUCUUUAAGUUGUGUUCUUCUUUUAACUGAUGACAUUCUUAAACAACAACAACUUGUUCGUCCCUUACCAAUAUCAACAACCAAUAAAACUCCAUCAAGUCUUUUACCUAAGUCUAAACAUUUUUUUAAAUCACCACAUAUAUGGAAUUUUCAUCAUAAAAUAGAAUUAUUAGAUGAAAAUAAGCACGCACUAGCAAGACAAGAUUAUUAUGAGCUAUCAUAUUUUUUACCAUUAUGGUCUGUAUCGCACAUUCCUAAUAGCCGACAACCUAUUGUACGAUUCAAUAUAUUUACUCAACAUUUUGAAUCAAUGUUAACAUUUUAUACACGUUUAUUUCAACGUAAACCCGAUUCAAGUAAACCAGGUUUUGUUCUUUUUAUUUUACCAUCAUCACCACAUGUAAAAAUAAUUUAUCAAUUUUCAAUUAAAUAUUCACCAUCAAUUCAGCCGUAUACAAUAGCUCAAAGUGCAUAUUUUAAAUUUCGUUUAAAUAAUUUAGAUCAUUUUAUUAAUGAAUAUUCAAGUAAAUUAUUUGCAUUAAAUAAAUUUGAGUAUUAUAUCUAUGAUCCGGAUGGAAAUCUUCUUCAUUUACAUUUAUAUGAUUUAUUAAAUUUAAAAAAUAUAGAAGAGUCAAAUCAUUUAAAAACAUUACUUCAUACAAAUGACAGUGGCGUUGGUGACAGUAGUGAUCCACCAACAACACAAUUGUUUAGUUCAGCUGUACCACAAGGAUAUAAACCAUUUUAUCCAAUAAAUAAUGGAAAACAACAACAACAACAACAACAACAACAACAGCAGCAGCCAACAGCAGUUAAUGCUGAUAUUGAUGUUCAAAGUCAUUCAUCUCAAUCGUCACAUGACUCAGGUCGUUGGAGUUCCAUAUCAUCAAAUGAAUUAAAUCCUAUGAAUCGUGUUCAACGAACAGUUCAUAUGAUUCCAAUUACAAUUGUGAACAGUAAAUCAACAUCUGGAGCAAGAUCCAAAAAUAAUGAAAAUCAUAAUGAAGAAGCUAAUCACAAUUAUAGACUUAAACAACAAUUACAAGAAAGAACAGUACUACCUUACGUUAAUCAAAAACAACAAAAACAAAUAAACGCUUCAUUAUAUGAUAGCGAGCCACGUCUAGUGAAUGUAACCAGCGUCAACAAUCGAUAUUAUUCCUCAAUGAGUGAUGUUCAAUCGUACAACCAAAUUCGUCCCGUUGCAAUUAAUAAAACAAAAUUAAUAAAUGCUAAUUAUUUUCCACCAAUAAUCGAUUAUGAUUGUGAUGUUUCAUAUGAAGUUGAUUCUCCACGCAUGCCAACAGAAAAAUCAUCAUCAGGAUAUCUUAAUGCAUUUUUAUUGAAAAAACGUCAGCAACAACAACAACAACAACAAUCAAAUCAAACACGACACGUUCAACAAUUGAUUGCUCAAUUUGAAAAACCUAAUCCAUUAGCAAUAAGUCGACGGCCAUUAUCAGCUCCAUUAGUUGAUCCGAUUAUAAAACCCACGAAAGGUAUUUUACAACGACGCAUUAAUGGCACAACAACACCUAUAUCAAAUAAAGCUCCAAGAAAACGUUCAAAAUCUGUUACAUUUGAAUGCCACAGUGAUGAUAAUAAUACAUCCAGUGCAGAUGAUGAUAGAUUUAAAAAUCUAAUUGAUCAAACAAGAAGUCCACGAAUUAAUAUUGGCAUUACAUUAGAUUCUCGGCUGAGAAAAACACCUGUACUUGAUAUGCUAAGAAGUACAACUAUGGAAUCAGAUUUAAUCGAACCUCGACAAUUAAAUAGGACAACAUCCUUAAGGCAACCAUAUGUACCUAUGGCUCGUUUUUAA